CAAAAUUGGCAUUAGCCCCACAGAAAAUCUGAUCCCGCAUCGAAAUGGUGCCCGAGUUCCCUGCCGAGUUCCUGUCGCUGGAGGCGGACUUCGUCGACAGCAAGAUGGCCAUCAACAACAGCAUCAGCGACAUCUUGCGUGGAGGAGGUGAGAUAGCGGCAACGUGUGCCGCGCAGUUGGUUCUUCCCUAGAAAGACACGGCGACGCUUUGUUAACCUUGCACAAUCUUCGUUCUUGUUUGCUUCUGUCUGCAGCCGGCACGGUCUCGAAUGCCUCGCAGAUUGCUCAGGCUCGCGUUGUGGAAGCUCAGCGUUGUAUGAAACUUAUGACGGUGGAAGUGCGAGGCAGGCAACCUAUGCUGCGGAAGGCCAUGCAAGCGAAGGUUAAUAUGUAUCGAGAUGAGCUCCAAGGGCUUAUUCGCGACCUGGAGCGGGCGCAGCUGAUGGCAAGAGAGGGAAAGGCUACGUCCAGCACUGCCAACCAGACUUCACAGUAUGAACGCUUGAUUAAGAACAACGAUCGGCUAACCAAAUCUUCAAAGAAGCUUGAGGACACGCAUCGAAUCGUUGCCGAGACUGAAGAAGUCGGGAUUGCUGUACUGGACACGCUGGCCAGCCAGCGUGAGAGUCUCCUUGGAGCCCAUGAAAAGGUUCGUGAGACGGGUGCCAUGACAACCGAAGCACGGCGGAUCCUGCAGCGCAUGACGCGCCGGAUCAUCACUAACACAAUUGUGCUGUACACGACCAUUUUUGUGCUCAUCGUCGCUAUCUGCUACGUCAUUUACGCCGACUUCAUCAGGGCCACGCGCUUGUUCUAAGACCCGAGAAAUUAACCCAUGAGUGGCAACAACGUAUCGUUAAUAUUUUGAAUUCGGUAAACAAAAUUUGUUGGUUUCCUUUGAA